AUGAAGGAACAAAAUGACGUAGGUUAAAGGUUUCUCAUUUUCAAAUAUAACAAUUUCGUUGCAGAAGACACCAGGAGUUGCAGUCACAUUAUGGUCGGGUGCAAUUGCUGGCGCAGUUGCCAAAACAACAAUUGCACCUUUAGAUCGCACAAAAAUCUAUUUUCAAGUUUCGAGCACUCGCGGCUACUCUUUUCGAUCAGCACUAAAAUUUAUCAAAUUAACCUAUAAAGAGCAUGGAUUUUUCGCGUUAUAUCGAGGAAAUUCGGCAACUAUGGCUAGAGUUAUACCAUAUGCAUCUAUACAAUUCACAGCUUUCGAGCAAUAUAAAACAUUAUUAAAAGUUGAUGAGAAUGGGUGAGGAAUCUUGCUUUUUUUUAUGUAAAAACUGCGCUUGUGAAAUGUGAAUAUGAGUUAUGACGUGGCAAAGAAGACUAGAAAAGACAACCGCAUCAAAACCUGCUAGAAAAUCUAGUGAACUUUGACCUGCCGAUCAUGAAAGCUGAGCUAUGAUCAAUUUUUAUUAAAAAAUCCAGUUAUAAACAAGAUUUUCUUGAUUUUUACUAAAAAUCAAUCGAUUUUUGAUGAAAAUUGAUCUUGAAGUGAUAAAACCCGAGAUAUGCCACGUCAUAGCUCAGUUUUCAUGAUCAGCAGGUCGAAUUCCACUAGAUUUCCUAACAUUUGUCAAAAAUCAACACGAGUUAUGACGUGGCAAGGUUCAAACAAAGGGAAUUACAUUUUUCAUCAGAAUUUGACCGUGUUGAAAGUUUGCCACGUAUAGCUCACAGUUUUUUGCGAAAUCUACCCCCCCCCCCAAAUCUCCUGAAAAAUCAAUAAAUCAAUCAAUAUUCUCUAUAUUUCCAGCACUCGAACCCCAAUCCGUCGAUAUAUUGUUGGUAGUUUGGCAGCCGGAACAGCAACAAUGAUGACAUAUCCACUUGAUACGGCUAAAGCACGAUUAUCGGUCUCCUCCAAACUACAAUAUAGUUCGCUGACUUCGGUUUUUGUGAAAACGUAUAAAGAGGGCGGAAUUCGGUUAUUGUAUCGGGGUAUUUAUCCGACUAUGAUAGGUGAGGAGCAAAAAUUAUUGAAAAUAUCAAUUUUUCGAAAAAAAAAAGAGGAAAUGAUCUACAAUUUAGCGCCUAAAAAUUUUUUUUUUCGAAAAUGUUUGAAUUUCGAAACUUUCUUUUCAUACGAACUUUUGCUUUCCUUUUUCCUAAAAUGAAUGGAAAACACGCUCUAUUGAAAUAAAUUCUCCCCUCAUUUUUUUUCAUCAAAAAUCUUUUCCGUUUUCAAGGCGUUGUUCCAUAUGCUGGCUCCUCAUUUUUCACCUAUGAAACGCUCAAAAUAGUGUAUCGAGAUCGAUUUGGAACAACAGAAAAUUCGGGAUUCCGAAUGUUGUUUGGAAUGUUGGCGGGUUUAAUUGGACAAACUUCAUCAUAUCCAUUGGAUAUUGUUCGGCGAAGAAUGCAGACUGGAAGAAUUCCAAAUGGAUGGAGUCCUUUCCGAGCUAUGAUGCAUGUUUAUCAUACGGAAGGAUUGAAACGAGGAUUGUAUAAAGGAUUGAGUAUGAAUUGGGUGAAAGGACCAAUUGCUGUUGGCGUUUCUUUUACGACUUAUGAGAAGGUUGGUGCAGUUUUUGUGGGAAGGAUGGGAAAAAUUAAACAAAAAAUUAAAUGUAUUGAAAAUUCACUGUUUCAAAAACAGGUUAUAAGAUAAAAUUUUACUGGGAUUCUGCUUCUGAUAUGGAGAUUUUGGAAAAUUAAUUGAUGUAAGAUAAUACACAAUUAGAAACAUUGGAAAAUUACAUAAGGCUUAUGAAAUGUUAUUAUUGAAUUAAAAACACGUGAGAAAUAAAAAACUAGGUCAAGUGAUGUGGAUUUAAAAACAGUAUAGGUAGCCAUGUCGUCAGUCGCGAUGCGGUUCUGCGUUGCGUGUUGACCUCGAUAUUUUCUAUUGAAUUUUCCAAAUUUUCAUUUCUAAAAACGUGUCGCCCACACGCAUCGCAACUGACGACAUGGCUACCUAUACUGUUUUUAAAUCCACGUCACUUGACCUAGUUUUUUAUUUCUCACGUAUUUUUAAUUCAAUAAUAAGUCAAAACAGUGAAAUUGGUCAUUUAAAAAUUCACUGUUUCAAGAAUAGGUUAUAAACUAGAAUUUCACUGGGAUUCUGCUUCUGUGAAAAAAUAAAUCAGGAAAGAAAAAAACCAGGAAAACACUUAAAUUAAAAAAAAUUCACUAUUUCAAAAAUAAAUUAUGAAUUAGAAUUUUACUGGGAUUCUGCUUUUUCGCUUCUUUCCCCAUGAAAAAAUAAAUGAAGAAAAUUACAGAAUUAGAAAAUUCACUGUUUCAAAAAAAUGUUUUUAUUCAAAAUUUUGAAGUGUUUUUUGAUAACCAUGUUUCAUCCAUAUAGAAAAACACUGAAAAUCUGAGAAAUUUUGUUUGAAAAAGUAAAAAUUCACCGUUUCGAAGUUAUAUUGAGCAUUUUUCAAUGAAAAAGGCGAGAAAUUAUUUUAUUAUGGAAAAUUUUCACUGUUUCGAAAAUUAAAUAUUUAUUUGAAUUGUUCGAAGAACUUUGCUAACAAAGAAUUUAUUUAAACAAAUACUUCUAUUCUACAAAUUUCUAUAUAUGUUUUACUGUUUCAAAAAUGUCAUAUUCAUUCAGAAAAUUGUGAAGAAUUUAGUUCAGUAAUACAUUCAAAACAAGACAACAUGAAAAUUCACUGAUAAUUAAUCUUGAAAAAUCGAUAAUUUUCCACUGUUUCAAAAAUAAUUGUUUAUGUGGAUAUUUUUAGAAGGUUUAGUAAUACCCAUGUUUCAUCGUAAAAUUAAUUUAAUCAAAACUUUUCAGUACACAAUUUCUAUCCAGCAAAAAAUUUCGGUAAAUUCCUAAAUUUUUUUUGAAAUUGUCAAAAUUAAUGAUUUUUCACUGUUUCAAAAAUAGUUCUUUAUGUGAAUAUUUUUUAGAAGAUUUAAUAAAAUACAUGUUCCGUCUUAAAAUUAAUUCAACUAAAAAUUUCAGUAAAUUUUUCUAACCAGCAAAAAUUUUCGGUAAAUUCCUGUAUUUUUUUUUUGAAAAUUUGAAAAUUAAUAAUUUUCCACUGUUUCAAAAGUUAUAUGUUAUUUGAACAUUUUUAUAGAAACCUUGGUAAUAUCGACGUUUUUUAUUUUACAAAUUUUUAUAAAUUUUUUACUGUUUCAAAAAUGUCAUAUUAACAUUUUGAAUAAUUUAGUUAGACCAUGGGUGAAAGAAUUUAAAAAAAACACGGUAAAAAUUCACUGUUCCAAACUUGAUGUUGAAGUUAAAAAUAUUUUUGCUGUCAAGAUUUGUUUGAUGCGUAGGUCUAAUCUUGAAAAAUCAAUAAUUUUUACUGUUUCAAAAAUAAUUGUUUAUGUGGAUAUUUUUAGAAGAUUUAGUAAUACCCAGGUUCUACAAAUUAAUUUAACUAGCUUUUUGAAUGUUGGUAAAUUUCCGUUUUUUUCCUUGUUGAAAUUUUCAAAAUUUUAUAAUUUUCACUGUUUCAAAAGUUAUAUGUUAUUCGAACAUUUUUAUAUAAACUUUGGUAAUCCAUGUUUCAUCAUAAAAUUAAUUUAAUUAAAAUUUUAGUAAAAUUUUUCUAACGAGAAAAAUUUUUCGGUGAAUCCCUGUAUUUUUUUUGAAAAUUUGAAAAUUAAUAAUUUUCCACUGUUUCAAAAAGUAUUUGUUAUUUGAACAUUUUUAGAAAAUUUUGGUAAAAUCCAAGUUUCAUCAAAAAAUUAAUUUAAUUAAAAUUUUUAAUUCUGGUAAAUUUCCGUUUAUUUUGAAAAUUAAUAACUCACUGUUUCAAAGUUUUUUGUUAUUUUCAAGAUUCUGAGUUAUUUCCAAUGAUAAAUUUUCUACAAUCCUAAAUUUUUUCCCCAAAAAUCGUUGAUUUUUUCCAGAUUCUCGAGCUUUUCCAUCGAUUCGAACGAUAG